AUUACGUUAAGGUACAUUUCAGCCACUAAUCUGGAUCAGUGGUUUCCACACACCACUGUCAUCAUUUCCUCUUUCCGCCAUGGAGUUCCUCCUUACUAUUAAAGCUGCUAUUCAUGGCCAUAGACUUCAUUUCGGCCAAAAGAGCAGCUCUCUCGAGUCGGUGUUUGUCCUCCUCAGAGUGGUUUUGGAGCAGAAUGUCCCUCCUGUCCCACACCAUCAGUCAGAUCACAGACGAGCUCAGCACAGACGAGUGCCGGAGGAUCUCUUACCUGUGCGGCGCUCUGGACACGGAGCGCUUCUCCACAGAUCCCAGAGGAACGCUACAGACGGCGCUGAGCCAGACCAGGAUGGACUGUGUGUUCCUCAUGGAGCUCAUUCUGAAGAUAAAGCGCUACGAUCUCCUGAGAGAAGUGCUGAGCACCAGCAAGAGCUCGGUGGAGGGGAUGCUGAAGAACGGCCAUGCUGUGUCGGAAUACAGAGCGCUGAUGGCUGAUGUCAGUGAGGACAUGGACUCUGAAGACCUGAAGUCAUUGGCCUUCUUACUGAGAGACACUUUACCUAAACAAAAGCUGGAAAACGUCCAGAGUUUUUUAGACAUUGUAGUCGAGUUGGAGAAACUCGACCGGCUCUCUAGUGAGAAGGUGGACUUCAUUGAAAGCUGCUUGAGGUCCAUUCACAGGACUGAUCUGGCUAAAAAGAUCAACUGCUACCAGCAGACAGCAUUAAUGAAGAAACCGGAAACGUCACCUCCAGACCACCCGCAGCAUUGCAGACCACCACUGCCACGUAACUCAUUUGGUUUUGCAUCAGUUUCCUGUAAUGUGAGUCCGAUGCAAAAAUUCUGUGAUAAGCAGACAGCAGUGAAGAAAGAACCAGCUAGCUUUAGCUCCGGUUGCCAGCAGGAGGAGGAAGUGUACAGUAUGCAGACGAACCCCAGAGGAGUGUGUUUAAUCAUUGACUGUGUCGGCACUGAAGGAGAUCAGCUGGAGCAAACCUUUAAGGCCUUACACUUCCAUGUGAUCGUACACAAGCUUCUGAGUGUGAGAGACAUGCUGUCCACACUGAGGGAAGCGGCCCGACAGCGAGGACACUACAGGGCGUCUGCGUUCGUCUGCUGCAUUAUUAGCCGAAGCCGCUCCUCGGAUCUGCUGGCCACUGACUCUCACGCUCCAGGACUGAGUCUGGACACCGUCAGGCGCCUCUUCGCCUCAGACUCCUGCCCUGGCCUGGCAGGCAAGCCCAAACUCUUCUUCAUCCAGAGCUAUGAGGUCUGUGAGGGCUGUGUUGGGUGUGGAGGUCAGGAGGACGGAGAGCUGGAGGCAGACGGGCCCGUGUCCUCGUGCCGGCCGAGGACUGUCCCGGCGGACGCUGAUGUCUUCUGGAGUCAGUGCGAGACUAAAGCGAAGCAGCUGGAGAUGCCAAACCACCAGUCUGUGUACCUGCGGGCCCUGAGAUCCUCCCUGACUGAAGGACAGAAGAGGAGGACUCAUUUGGUAGACAUGCACAUGGCAGUGAAUCGGGCCGUAUACGAACACAAUAGCAAAUCUGCCGAAUCAUCGUACUUAAUAAAUCUGAGACACACUCUCAGGAAGAAUGUGUAUCUGUCAUGAUUGUGUCAUUAACCCUUACGUUUAAGUGAAGGUUGAUGAUUAUGCCUGAACAUCUGAUGUUUGAGUGAUGAAUAUGAAUUGUAUCAAUUAUGGUUUGCAAUAUGUCAGUAUAUCUCAGGUUGUCAUUGUAGUGUCGUAUAUUGUCCACAUGUGGGCAGUGUCAUACAGCUUUGGCAGUGAACUUUACUACUGCUUGUGUUAAAACAAGUUAACAUUUGCUUUGUUUUUACACUUAUUUAAAUAAUUUAAUUGAAUAAAUUAUUUGUUUAAAUUGGUAAAGUUCCAAACAAUGAUAAACUAUGCUUCGACUGACUUGAACUGACAGGAAACUACUUCUCAUCUCAUUAUCAAAGUUACAUCAUUUAUAACCAUAAAUGGAGACCUGUGAUUUUAUUUAUUUAUUUUUUUAGAUGUGAAUGUUUACAUUGUUUUGUUUUACAAUUAUAUAAGGUGCCAAUAUUUCAGUUGUGUUACAUGUGUAUUUAUUGUCAUAAAUAAAUUGCAAUAUUUCAUUCUUUCAGUA